UGCAGGCGGCGCGGCGGGCGCGGCGGGCACGGCUAGGGCGGCGGAGAGCGCGCCGAGCCGGAGCCGAGCUGGCCCGCCCGCCCGCCGCACAUGUCCAGGGUCGUCGUGGGACUGUAGCCGUCUGUGGCGCCUCCUGUCGGCCGGGGGCGGGAGCGCGGAGCCCAUGGAGCGGGUGCGGAUGAUCAACGUGCAGCGCCUGCUGGAGGCCGCGGAGUUUUUGGAGCGCAGGGAGCGAGAGUGUGAACAUGGCUACGCUUCAUCAUUCCCCUCCAUGCCGAGCCCCCGGCUACAGCACUCAAAGCCCCCACGGAGGUUGAGCCGGGCACAGAAACACAGCAGUGGGAGCAGCAACACCAGCACUGCCAACAGAUCUACACACAAUGAGUUGGAAAAGAAUCGACGAGCUCACCUGCGCCUGUGUUUAGAACGCUUAAAAGUUCUGAUCCCGCUGGGCCCAGACUGCACCAGGCACACAACACUUGGUUUGCUCAACAAAGCCAAAGCACACAUCAAGAAACUUGAAGAAGCCGAAAGGAAGAGCCAGCACCAGCUUGAGAACUUGGAACGAGAACAGAGAUUUUUAAAGCGGCGACUGGAACAGCUGCAGGGUCCUCAGGAGAUGGAGCGGAUACGAAUGGACAGCAUUGGAUCAACGAUCUCCUCAGAUCGCUCGGAUUCAGAGCGAGAGGAGAUUGAAGUGGAUGUGGAAAGCACAGAGUUCUCCCAUGGAGAAGUGGACAACAUCAGUACCACCAGCAUCAGCGACAUCGACGACCACAGCAGCCUGCAGAGUAUUGGGAGUGACGAGGGCUACUCCAGUGCCAGUGUCAAACUCUCCUUCACGUCCUAGAACCCAGCAUGACAUAACAGUGCAGGGCGAAGUGCUCACUGGGCCAGUUCAAUACCGUCUCUCAAAUUGGGUUCAUGACGCAGUCUCCUCUUUAAAACUAAAAACUAUACUUGAACAAAAGGGUCAGAAGACCUGUAUUUAAGCAAAUACUUAAAAAGUGAGGUAGAGCCUCCCUGGUAGAACAAAUAUUCCUAUAUUUGGAAAGAAUACAGUUUCUAACAGCAGAAGAAAUGUGUGUGGUUAUCUUAAGUUGACGUGGUUGACUUAAGAGACAAUGGAGACUCCAUUCUCCUGUUGUAGUUUGCUCACUCCGUGUUGAGCAGACAUUUAAGGAUAGGGUUAUGAACCCUUCCUGAGCUUCUUGGCCCUAGAAACAAAAUCAAACUUAGAGUAAGGAGAAGACAGGAUAAUCAGGCAUUAAUCUUGGAUAGCUAAAGAGCUAUUAAAACUCAGCCUCUGUGUAUCAUGAAGCCUGUGGAUGAUCAAUUCUUUUAAAAAAUGAAUUUUUAAAAAGCUCAUAUCGUGCUCUACAAAAGGAGAGACUCCCAUGAAGCCUUUUGAACGAGAUCAUCAUGCAGCUCAGCUUUCUGUUGGAUUCCAUGCUAAGCCAGCUAACCUUACCUGCAUUGUUAGCACUAGAGCAGGCAAGCACCCGCUCGCCACCCUUCGGCCACGUAGGGGCAGCCCAUGCAUGACAGCCUGAAUCACAGGAGGAACAGCUCCGUGUGCGAGCCUCGGUGUCUGCGCGGAUCUGAGGAGCUGUGCACGCAGUGUAGCAGGCCAAGGUCUGAGCCACCACAGCAUUUUUAUUUGAGAUUUUGAUAACUGUUUGUAUGUGUUGAAAACCAAAAUGACAUCUUUUUAAAGCUUGUCCAUAAGUAAACAUAGAUGUCUUUUAUAGUGGAAUAAAACACGUGGGGGAAAUCAUCUAUUUUGAUGCAGCAUUUGAUAAUGAUAAACACCUCACGCCUCACUCUUUUCAGUGCGCAGGACGGACGAGGUCUGGGCUGGGUAGACGAAGGCAAUGCUGUUUUUGUUUUCUUUAGGACCAUUCCCUUUUACCAGCUUUUAACCGUCUGAUACCCAUGGUAGGCACACUAUCCUAGUUAACAUAGUUACGUUCCGCACUUGUCUCAUUUAAUGUAAAGAUCUGCAUUUUCUACAGGCAGUUUCCUCCCCACAAUCCCACUGUGCAGGUGCUACUGUUGCUCUCACAAAUACCUGCAGAAAUGUUAUCUUCUGGGUGAGACUUCCAGCCGCACUCCAUGUCAUGUGCCCCCUCCUUUCAAACUCGAAGGUUUCCCUCUGGGCCACUGCUUUGCUCUGGGAAGCCUUUCUGGAUACCUUACCCCAAGCUGUUCGGACUUUGUAUUCUUUAAAUAAUUUAACUACCCUUAAUUACUUAAAAAAAAGCUUUAUGAUUUUCAUAACUUAUUGCCGAUUUUAAUGGGUUGUUAAUUUCAGUCCUGUAGUUUUAUUUUAUGUUUAGAUAGGGCUGGGCAAGGAGAAAGAAAAUAAAAACAACCAUAUUCAGCAGUGCA